UAUUUCCCUCCGCUCCCUGCGUAUUUCAAGCCCCAACCCCAAGAUCAAAAUAUCCGUUUCUAAAGCUUUCCUCGAAGCGGCCUCCAACUUCGAACGUUCCUCCACUCCUUGUUCCUCCUUCAAAAAGUCUCUCGCUUCUCCCUCGUACGUCGAAGAGAGAAGUUUCCUUGAUUGCAGCGAAACCUUCAAGUCGACUCUUUCUCUUCCCAAGCGCCAGGAAAGGGCGUCUCCCAUCGUGUUGUCGAUCCUUCCUUCUCGAGGCUCAUUCUGUUCAUUGUCACAAUCCGCCAACGGCGCGCGCUCGAGUCUCAAGACCAUGCACUAUUUCUAUGUUCCAAUCGUUGACGGAGACCCCGAAGCGACGGCUGUAGAGCGGAACUACCAGCGAUCCGAGCUGUACAGAGUGGUAAACGUCCCGCGACAAGAUGAUCUCGAAGCGGUGAAGACGGCGUGUGAGAAAGACCCCACCAGUUGCAACGACUUCGCAAUCAACGACGCUUUCCGCCAAGGUGCCAGCGUAGAAGUUCUCCUAUUCUUGACCAACAAGGCAAAAGAACAACCGAGAUACGGCGUUCACUACCCAAUCUGUCCCAUGAUUCCAAUCGAGUUCCGUGAAGCCGGAAUCAGCUUCCCUAUGCUCGACAACGAACAGCAAGUCCAGACUCUCAAGAGGCUCAAAGAUUGGUUCGAUUCUUUCCCUCAAGCAAAGUUCUGCAAUACAGAAUAUCCAAAAUGCAGUCCAUUCAAUGUAGUCCUCUUUUCCACGGUCCUCCCACCAGAGUUGCUCGACUAUAUGGUUGAGACACAUCCCGAAGGAACCGGGUAUCUCGAUUUGUCCGACACUGAACACGAUAGAACUACCUUUCCAGUGGAAAACUACACCAGAAUUUUGGACGAGCGACGUAUGGCAGCUGUUGAUGCAAUGAUGGGCAAGGUUCAUGGCUUCGAUUCUGGAGAUCACGAGAGGAGUGGGCAGGAAUGGGCCAGACUUCUCUCCAAUCUUGUUCGGGGGGACUCAGGACCACGGGAGGUUGUUCUUCAAAUCGGAGAUUUUGAAUCUACUGUCCCCUACGAAGAAUGGAUCGCCCCGGUAAAGCAACAAUUGAAAGACCGAGGAUCGGCCAUCACAGAGUUCUGCUUUCAACCGACAUCGGAUGACGUCUCACUCAAUCUAUCAAUCUUCAGCCUUUUUCCUCAUAUGAAGUGUCUCAAACGUUUGUUUUUGGAGGAUCUUUCCGACGUCAAUGCAAUCAGAUCUGUGUGUGAAUUGGUAGAAGUUGGAUAUUUGGAGGACCUUGUUGUGAACGCCCCAUAUGAUGAAAAGCUACUGCUCCUUCCAUUACUGGAUGCCAUCAAUAAGAGCGCCGUAUUCAGCAACUUGCGAAUCAGGGGGUGCCACGACACAGAAGCCGAAGCUUACCAAGAAAAACUGUUGGAGAUGUUGCAGUCAAACACACGCCUGGAACUGGCGCUCGUGACAAAGCUCCCAUUCGACAAAAAGGAUCAAACUGACUUCAAUGCCAUGCAUGAUUGUAGAGAAUUCAUGACAGAUUACAACAACUGUUGGGAUUUUCUGGGUGACGACGGCAACGAUCUUCUCCAGAAGAAAUUGACGUACUGGACACUCCUCAACAUCUGCGGCCGCACUGCUGCAACGGAGACCUCUCUCGAGGGUUUUGUUGACGUUGUCUCAAUGGAGGAGAUUGCAGACAAAGUUGCGUUUCUAAAAUAUUCUUGGGACACGGAGGAGGAGGAGCUCCUUGCUGACGAGUACGGGCAGCUCAUUGUUACAAAUAUGCAGUUUGGACUCUUGCGAGAAGCGCCUAGUCUGUGGUCGUUGCCAAAAGAGCAAUCAACCGGAGGACGUAGUGGAAAACGAACAAAUCUCGCAAUGGAAUCCACGAGCACCAAAAAGAGCAAGCAUGAGUAGUUCUCUUGCACGGUUGUAUGGCGGUGGGAAACGAUGAACCCGAGAGCGCUCCAGUGGACCGAGGAGACCCUUCUUGUCGGACGAGUUGGAGACCAUCCGGCGGCACCAAAGUGAUUUCUUGCCGAAUAGUCCUGACAAUAGAUAGAUGUUGUAGUUUUGUGAGCAAUCCGCAUUCCUUAUGUUUCCGUGUUCCUUUAGUUAGUUUCUUUCUUGCGCCGUCUCUUGGAGGAUUCUUGGUUAGGAGACCUGCGUUUGUGCUCGCUGUUAGCUAGCUUCGGAAGCAUCAUCUGAAUCAUGGUCUUCGUCCUGCUGCUGUACAUAUUUAGCAUCUUUUUCUUUCGUACUACUUUUCGUCUUCUCAGUAGUAGUUCUGUUUUCUCUUUCGUGGAUUGUUGUUUGGGGGUACUAUUGUUGCUGGUAGUAUUACAUCGUCUUGAGCUGAUGCAGCUGCCUUAUCAUGGCUUAGUUUUUAAAGAAAUUCAGUGCAGUGCACUGGGGGGGGGGGGCAUCACUCUUGACGAUCUCGGCACUACCGGUACGGUAAUUGUGGAAGAUACUCCUUGUCCUGAUAAUUGCCACUAGCGAGAUGAUCCUUCUUCUUGAUGGACCCCAUCAUUUAUCACACUGGUAUCGUCGCUCUCAGAUUUCAUGGUUCGUUGGCUGACCCCUCUCUACCUGCUCCAGCCAUGCUCCCUCGUCUUAUAAGCCCAGCCUUGGCUGCUGCAAUAGUAUUGGCUUGUGCAAUAGAAUACUACAUGUACUAGUC